UCCCCGUCUUAUUAAUGAAUAAAGGUUGGGGCGCCCUUUAAGCCUGACACAAAAAAAUUCCUCUCCCUUCCAAUCCAGUCUCCCCAGCCAGCUUCCCGCUCUGCCGCCGGCGUGCUGCUCUAGCAGCCAUCAGCCAUGUCCCUUCUUCUCCGAUCUCUCCCUCAGAUCACCCUCCGCUCUAGACAGUCUCUCCCUCUCCUUCACUCCGUUUUCAAGUCUCAAUUCCCAAACCCACUCCUUAAAACCGGACGAUACGUUUCUUCUGUUUCUGCCUCCGCUUCUCCCACUCCCACCUCAGCAGAAACGCUACCAAAGCCUCAAAUUCCGUUUGGGGCCCUUGAUUCGGUUUCUCGUGCUGGCCUCUGCGGAGAUUUGUCGAUAGACGACGUGGGUAAGCGUGUUCGUCUCUGUGGGCGGGUUGCUUUGCACAGGGUUCAUGCAAACCUCACUUUUCUUAAUCUCUGUGACCACACUGGCGUUGUUCAGGUGACGACGCGUCGUGGUGAUUUCCCAGAUGCCCAUUCCGUCGUAAAUGAACUGAAGGUGGAGUGCGUAGUUGCUGUGGAAGGUGUUAUCCGGUAUAGGCCUAGUGAAUCGGUGAAUACGAAAAUGAAAACUGGCUUGAUCGAGGUGGCUGCAGAACAUGUUCAAGUCCUGAAUGCUGUUAGAACCAAGUUGCCUUUCUUAGUUACCACCGGAGAUGAUUCUAAAGAUUCAGUGAAGGAAGAGAUUCGAUUGAGGUGGCUCUUUGUAAUUUCUGAUGGUAUAGAUGCCUUGACCUACGGAGGCAACAAAUGAGUACCAACAUAAUGCUCCGGCACAGGGUGGUGAAAGUCAUUCGGAGGUUUCUGGAAGACUUGCAUGGAUUCGUUGAGAUUGAGACUCCAGUACUAUCGAGAUCUACUCCAGAAGGUGCUCGUGACUAUUUGGUGCCAUCAGGGGUUCAGUCAGGAAUAUUCUACGCUUUGCCACAAAGCCCACAACUUUUUAAGCAGAUGAUGGUCUCUGGUUUUGACAAAUAUUAUCAAAUGGCAAGAUGCUUUAGAGAUGAAGACUUAAGGGCAGAUAGGCAGCCUGAGUUCACGCAGCUGGAUUUGGAACUGGCUUUCACUCCAUUGGAGGAGAUGUUAAGACUCAAUGAAGAUCUGAUUCGGAAGGUUUUUCUGGAGAUUAAAGGUGUUCAACUGCCUAAUCCGUUCCCCAGGCUUACAUAUGUGGAAGCUAUGAGUCGAUACGGCUCUGAUAGACCUGACACAAGAUUUGAGCUCGAAUUGAAAGAUGUGUCAGAUAUAUUUGUAGAGACCCCUUUUAGGGUUUUUGCAGAUAACUUGAAGAGUGGGGGAAUUGUGAAAGUAUUAUGUGUUCCUUCAGGUGCUAAAAUUUACUCGAAAUCAGCUCUGAAGAAAGGUGAUAUUUACAAUGAGGCAAUCAAAUCUGGAGCAAAUGGGUUGCUUUUCCUCAAGGUCUCGGAUAGUGAAUUGGAGGGACUACCUGCUUUAGUAUCUGGUUUGGACCCAUCAAGAAAAGAGCAGCUGCUGAAAAGAUGCUCUGCAGGACCAGGGGAUCUUUUAUUGUUUGUAGUUGGUCAUCAUGCAUCGGUCAAUAGAAGCCUAGACCAUCUUAGACAAUUUCUUGGCAAUCAACUGGGCCUAAUUGACCAUUCCAGGCAUUCAAUUCUUUGGAUAACUGAUUUCCCGAUGUUUGAAUGGAAUGAUACGGAGGAAAGACUCGAGCCGUUGCACCACCCAUUUACAGCUCCUAACCCUGAGGAUAUGAAUGAUCUAGCUUCUGCACGUGCCCUUGCUUAUGACAUGGUUUACAAUGGCAUUGAGAUCGGUGGAGGAAGUUUGAGAAUCCAUAAACGUGAGAUACAACAGAAGGUGUUGGAGAUCAUUGGCAUAUCCCAUGAAGAGGCCGAAUCAAAGUUUGGCUAUCUCCUGGAAGCUCUAGACAGGGGUGCCCCUCCACAUGGCGGCAUUGCUUAUGGGUUGGAUAGAUUGCUUAUGUUGCUGGCUGGUGCGAGCUCCAUAAGGGAUGUGAUAGCUUUCCCCAAGACAACAACAGCUCAGUGUGCCCUUACACGAGCACCAUCCCAAGUGGAUCCUCAGCAGCUCAAAGAUCUCUCCCUCCUCGUUGCUCAACAUUAACCUCAGCUGAACCAUGUGUUCUUUCUUUUGCGCCUGUUUAGAGAGCGACCCAGAAUUCUAGCUCGUCCUGCCUCCAGCAUAAUCUGUGUACGAUUUUUUUAUUUGGGUCGUAUGUAUUUAGUACAAUUUGGCAGUAGGCAUAGCGAGUCGAGGGUAAGGAGGAAGUGUUUGAUUUGGUUACAGUUUUAAAUUGGACAAAUAUGUAAAUUAUCUUAUAAUUCUAGGACGACAUUUAGCAUUUCAGUUAUUGAAUGUGUAUUAUUAUCAACCUCCUUACUGGAGCGGAGCGAUAAGCCGGAAAAGAAAUAAGCAAGGCAACCCAACAGCAAUCUGGAUACAAUGUAUACUUUGGCAGACAAACAUUGCCAAUCAUUUGGCCAUGGGCUGUUGUUAGGCACAAACUAAGUAGGAAAGAAAAAGAGUUCAGUCAAACUUGUAGUGCUUGUCUACGGCUACAGAAACAUCCCAAGUGCAGCUCAUUCCAUUAGGGAACUCAACCAAGUCACCAGCAGCGAUCUCAACGCCUUCAUCCGAUCCUUGAGGGUAAACCUUCACCUUUCCCUCCAGAAGGUAGCAUGUCUCCUUGGCCGAAUAUGUCCAUGGAAACUUGCUUGGAGGGCAACCCCACCUACUUGGGCCAAGAGCGGACGCCGAGGUCGGUGAGUUUGGAUUCUGGAGGGUUUCUGACGAUUUUGAUUCCUGAUUUCUCAGUUAUCGUAGUGGCCGUCCCCUUACCCUCCGCCAUAACAGUAAUCCGCCGCGGCAGCAGCUGCCCAGACUCGGAGCUUCUCAGUCUUUUUGCGGGGAGCAGAAAAGCAGCAGCAGCAGUAGCUCGAGGAGGAAGAUCGAGAGAGGUCGAAGAUAAAUUUAUGGGCUUUGUGGGAAUAAAUAGUUUACGUUGAUUAUUAUUGUUAUCAUAGGCUGAUGAUAAAACUAAUCUCCCACUCCAUCCACCUGCCAUCGCCAUUUCUUCCGGUCUUCCUCCUUUUUCUUUCUCUUCGUUUUUGUUUUAUGCCU